GUGGCACCUUAAAGACUAACAGAUUUAUUUGGGCAUAAGCUUUCGUGGGUAAAAACCUCACUUCUUCAGAUGCAUGGAGUCUUUUUGUUUACGUUCUGGUUUUUAGGCGUGUGUCGUAGGUAGUAGUGAAGGGAGCAGAUUAUAAUCACCCUAAAUACAGUUGCUGAAAUAAAAUACGUAUGUCUGAGGGUGCUGAAUUCUGAACAUGGGGCGAAAUUGGCAAGGUAUUAUCAGAGCCAAUUUACAGUCAUGGUUAUGAAUGAAGGUUGCUCCACAGAGGGAUAACAUCUCAUAAAUGGAAUCAAAGUAAGCUGCCAGGUUAGGAAAGAAUUGUGGAGUGCAUGCUCGUAGAAAACUUCCCAAAUGAAGUCUAUGAGACCUGAGACAACGGAGCCAUUGCCUGAACUCUAUGACGUCUUCCAAGGAGAGGUUGCUGCUGUAACAGAAUAUGGGGCAUUUAUAAAAAUUCCAGGCUGCAGGAAACAAGGCCUUGUCCAUAGAACCCACAUGUCAGCCUGUCGGGUGGACAAACCCUCGGAGAUGGUAGAUGUUGGAGACAAAGUAUGGGUGAAGCUUAUUGGAAGAGAGAUGAAAGAUGACAAGUUGAAGCUGUCUCUUUCCAUGAAGGUCGUCAACCAAGGAACAGGAAAGGACCUUGAUCCAAACAAUGUUGCCCUUGAUCAGGAUGAGCGGAAGAAACGUUCAUUCAGAGACUACACUAGUCAGAAGAUUACCCUGGAAGCUGUCUUGAACACUGUCUGCAAAAAAUGUGGUUGCAAAGGUCAUUUUGCCAAAGAGUGUUUCAUGCAGCCUGGGGGAACCAAGUAUAGUCUGAUACCAGAGGAGGAGGAGGAGGAGACAGCAGAAUAUGAAGGUGAUAAAAAGUCCAGCCAUGCUGAGAAUUCUUCAAAGAAAAAAAAAAGGAAAAGAAGAAGAAAAAGAAACACAAGAGCAAGAAGUCAUCAGAGUCCGACAAUUCAGACAGCUCCGACUCGGACAGUGAUGGGGCUCAGCCAGCCAGCAAGAGGGCCAAGCAUUCGGAGAAAGCUAGUAAGCCUCAGAAGAAGAAGAAGAAAAAGAAGCAUAAGAAAAAGCACAAGGAAUGAGGGGGAGAGGAGCUAGAAAGGGGCACUGGUGUUGUCAACUCCCUGCCUGUCUGCUCUAGUCUUCUAGAGUAAACUACCUGGGAGAGGGUAGAGUUAAAUCACUACACGCUUGUUUCAGGGAUGAAGAACUUCCUUCUAAAAGCAGCAUUCAGCUAUUGAUGUUAAAGAUGUUGACUUUGAAAUUAAUUAUCCACUAUAAAGUUACACAGGCUGCCAUUCUCCUGCUGAGAGCCCAAUGGUUGUGCCUGCCAAAAUAGAUUCAUUAAUCCUCUUCAUCAGUGACUCUCCCAUCCUGUAAAGCUUCAGGUUCCUCUGAGUGAGUUGCCAAGGCUGCAGUGAGUUCCUUUGAAACAGCAAGGAGUGUGCAGGGCAGCAGCAGCGUAUGCAGUGCCUGUCAAAGGGUGAUGGCUCAGGUUUGGGCCCUGCCAACCAGUCCCUGCAAAACAUUAGAGGGAGCCACUCUCACACCCUGUCAGCUGAUUGUCUAGUCAUGGGCACCGCCUCCCUGCUGAUUGUUACAGUUCUCACCCCUCUGCAUCUCAGUCCUGCCCUAUGCACUGUUUUUGUAUCCGUGUAACUCUGUGGCUAGGGGUGUGAUUUUUGUUACCAAUAGAGUUAUACUGGUACAACUCCUAGUGUGAACUCAGUUAUGCUGGUAUAAAUAUCCUUAUCAUAGGCACCGACUGCGUGGGUGCUC